CAAAUCCGAGCGUAAUCAUUUGUGACAAGAUUAGAAAGCGAUAAAAUCCCUCUGGCUGCCCUUCUCCACUCUUGGUCCAAUUGCACCGGAAGCUCGAAGCCAUGGCUUCUGCUAUGUCUCUCUCCUCCAUGAGCUUUCUGUCUCUCCGCUCCUAUCGGUCCUUCUCCUCCUCUUCCUACUUCGCCUCCAUACCCCCUACCUCCUCCUUCCUCCUCAGACCCCUAAACUUCAGGCCCACUCCCCUCCGCCUAUACGCAACGACUCAGCCGCCAUCCGCCACAGCGUCCAAGGGGGACCUAGAAACCACUUUCUUCUACAACGUUGAACCAAGUGAAGUUGUCAACUUCGACCCCCCGGAACGGCCUGAGGGUUACGUGCCCCCACCGGCGUUCGACGAGCUACCUCCGGAAACUGAGGAGGAGAUUGCCGUCGCGUACGAGGAGAUAUACGGGCCGGCCUACAGCGGAGAGAGUGUGCUCGGGAAUGACAUUUAUGUCAUGGACUCCAAAUUGAAAAAGACCAGCAGUCUUCUAGGGAGAAAGAAGAGGGAAAAGGUGACUGAUGGGUUCGAAGAGAGAGUGGUGCAGGUGAGAAGGGUGACCAAAGUGGUGAAGGGAGGGAAGAAGAUGUCGUUUCGGGCGAUUGUUGUGGUGGGGAACAAGGAGGGGCAGGUGGGGGUUGGGGUCGGGAAGGCCAAGGAGGUGGUGGAUGCAAUUGUCAAGUCGUCGACCAAUGCGCGGAGAAAUAUUGUUACUGUGCCGAUGACCAAGUACUUGACAUUUCCUCACAGAUCUGAUGGAGAUUAUGGAGCAGCUAAGGUGAUGUUGAGGCCAGCUUCACCCGGCACCGGCGUCAUCGCCGGAGGAGCGGUGCGGGUUGUGCUAGAAAUGGCUGGAGUAGAGAAUGCUCUUGGAAAGCAGAUUGGCAGCAAGAAUGCCCUCAACAAUGCCCGGGCUACAGUCAUUGCUGUCCAGAAGAUGAGGCAGUUCAGAGAUGUUGCUCGGGAACGUGGAAUUCCCAUGGAAGAACUGUGGAAAUAAUGUACAAUUUUACUUCAUUUUUUUUAUGCUGGUAUGUUAAUCUGUCACCGACAGUUUUUGUUUCAGUCAUAUUGUUACUUCUGCUUCUUUUUCCCUGAGAAACUUUUCUUUUGCUUAUCCCCUGCUGUUGAAAUUUUCUCUCGUUGGAACAAUAUGAAUGUCCGUUUGUACAAUUUUCAAUUGGCAAUGAUUUUAUAUUUUAAUUUUAAUUGAU